AUGGGCGCUAUGCAGGUUAUCAAAACUGGACUCAUCUCGAGAGCAGAGAUCAUACGCAACAAUCGUGAGCGCCUCCUCGAGAAGCUUCCAACACUCCCCCGCUACUUCCUCGAGUACAUCAUCAAGAAGGGGGAGACCAACACGUAUCGCAGUUAUAUGAGCGUGAUAAAGUACAAGUCCGCAGACCAAAGCCUACGAAAACGUAUCCAGGCCCUCCCCCAAGAGCUGCAGGACAUCGUCUUCGAUUUCUGCAUCUUUUCGCGCAGUACGAACGACAUCACCUACAUCACGAACCUCACGAAACCCCCUCUAGGACUCCAGAUCAAUAGAAAAACUCGUUCGAAAUUUGCGCGGCAGUACUAUGGCAAUGGAAGCAUCUUCGAAUUCUCUGCUACGAGUACAGGUUGCAUCCUUCUUUGCGGCAAGUGGUUGGCGAGCCUACAGUCAGACCACGCACAGCUGCUCCAGGUGGUCAAGGUGCAGUAUGAAUACGCAGCUAUUGUGGAUUACCACAGAUCGAUCAACUGGUCAUCUAGGAAUCGAUUCCAGGGCGUGGUUGUAGGUUUGCGCCGGCAGUUCUUGGCACUGAGAGAAGAGAUCUUAUACGUCAACCAAUACUAUUGCCCUUCUGGCAGUAGGGGCCCACUGGACGUGGAAAUGUGGUACAAUUUGAGAGGUAUGAUUGGGGUGGAGCAGGUGAGCUGGCUGUGA